AUGGCUGAGAGCCUGAACUCAUGUGAUCAAUGCAGCCGCCGCAAAAUUCGCUGCUCGCGGAUCAUUCCCACAUGCGAACAAUGCCUGAAGGUCAAUCGACAGUGUACAUACAGCCUCAACCGCCCUGUUGGAAGGCCCCGGCAUCACCGUUCCAUAUCCGCUUCCAAGAAGUCGACCAAGGCCUCAACCGCAGCGCCCCAAAGAAGCGAGCUUAUUCCAAUUCUUCCACUCGGUAUGCCUCCAGGCUCGGGUCUAUACAAAGAAAAUGGACAAAGCCGCGAACAGAACUGUUACUCGCCUGAGGCCCCUACCGAAUCCAAUGACAUGAACAACAACGUCACAGAUUUGGAUCUCCUUCCGCCGAUAUUCGAUGAUGUACAGCACCUGGAGCAAAAUCCGGACCACAAGAGCAGCGAUACAUACACUUCUAUGCUUUCGCCUUAUGAAGCCCUGGAUUUCUUCUCUUCCGUUUCCAACACGGUUUCCCAAAAUGUCACACCACCUUCGUCGAUCUUCAAGGUCAGCACCGACAGUCAAGUCCCAGGGCUAGGGUGCGAAAUUGGACCUCAGACGCACAAUUUCACGCGCUAUCGGAGUCCGUCCCCAGAGUCACCACCGGCCAGCUGCGAAUGUUUGGAUAGGGUUACAAGUUGUGUUUGCGAGCAGUUACGACUGGGCUCAAGAUAUCGCACCAAAGACUCGGCUUCUUGGAAUGCUUGCGUAGCCAAGUGUCUGUCAGCGGUCCGAGAAUCGAACCGAGUCCUCUGCAUUAUGUUGACCUGCGACCAGCCCCACCGCGACGCAGACAUGGCGGUUGCGAUGAGUCUGUUCUUGUACAUCAAAGACCUUCUUUUGAACGAGUUUAAAUUUGACGGCGAUGAGCAGGAUCUGACGUGCGAGCGCCCUGCCUUGGCUGACGAGCUACGACGAAUGCGUAUUGCCUUUCUCAAGGUCGUCAACAUGUGGGACUUAUCUUUGCCACUGGCGCACCUUUUUCGGGGAGAAGGCGAGAUUGAAGUUUGCCUCCGCCGCCAAUUGCAACUGCUGAGGGAACAGAUUCAAGCUGUUAUACCUUCCGGGUAG